UUACGCGUUCUUCUUGAUGUCAGUGUUCCGUUGACGCGAAUUGUGACCGUUUCGCUCAUGCAUUGCUUGAAAGUAAUAAUAUAACAGUGCGGGGCUCAGUUUCCAUUGUCCAAGCACAAUGAGAUUACUUCUAGCAUUUCUAGUCUUAUGUGGUUCAGUGCUUAUCGUGAGUGGGGUCGGUUUUCGAUUUCAAUCGGAUAAGAAAAGUGGGGAGAAACGAUUAUGGCUUCAUGUUCCUGGAAGUGAUCCCAAUUUAUUAACAGACUUUGAGGAAAAACCGUAUAAUGGACCUAAGAAUCUUGUCGAUGUCAACCGUCCCAUCAGCUCCGGUAAAACGAAACUAUCCAGACCCAGAACUUCCAAGCUUUCCUCCGAAGUGGAAGAGGUGACCUCGUCCAACCCCAUCCGUCGAAAGACAGGGUCGAAGGGUCGCUCGGAAAAGUUUCAACUGCCAAUUUUGGUCCCGAUUUAUGAAGAUGGUUACCACUACCCGAAACCAAACACGCCCUUCGUACUUCCUCCCCAAGUAGGUUAUCCUGAUGUACCCGAUGAGGAAAAUUUCGGUAUUGGUCAAAACUCGGAAGAAAACAAAGAUAUAUUCGCAGGUCGACCAGGAUACGUCACCACACCGCGACCCGCACCAAUCACGACGCCAAAUGACGAUGCUGCUGAACAGUUUAAGUCAAGACCAAAAUCGACCCCGUCAUCCCCCGUAUUUUGCAAGGACGAUUCAGAAAUUGGAUAUGGCAGACCUCAACCAGCCAACUGUAUUCCUAAACAACCAGAUUCUGACGAUGCCGCAGAGAGGUUUAAACCUCGACCAAAACCAGCAACUCCUGCAAGCCCGGUAUACUGCCCGACUGAAACAGAAAUCGCACACGGAAAACCUAGACCCCCGAACUGCUUACCACGCGACGGAUAUUACUACCCCAAGCCGGACAAACGCUUCGGAUUACCGCAAACGACAAAGAGACCAGACGAUUCAGAUGCAGCAGAGGUUUUCAAACCGCGACCCAAGCCAACCACGCCGUCCUCGCCAGUAUUAUGUCCCACAGAAGCUGAAAUUGCAUAUGGAAGACCGCGACCAGCUAAUUGUAUUCCACGACCAACUACUCGACCCCCAACUACAACGCCAUCCGAUGAUGCCGCAGAGGUUUUUAAACCACGACCGAAGCCAACGACGCCACCAGCACCUCAAUUAUGUCCCACGGACAGUGAAGUUGCUUACGGAAGACCGCGACCAGCCAACUGCAUUCCGCGCCCCACAACAAGACCCCCCACGACCACUACCCCUGACUCUGAUGCGGCCGAAGUAUUCAAACCAAGGCCAAAACCUACGACUACAAAACCACCCCAAUUAUGUCCCACGGAUUCCGAAAUUGCUUAUGGAAGACCAAAACCACCCAAUUGCAUUCCAAGAGCGACAACAAGACCAACUGAACCGCCACUUUGUCCCGAGGAAGGAAUGGAUGGAUUUUACCGACCACGACCCCACAAUUGUCGCCCAAGACCGACUACCAAACCACCAGAUUCAGACGCAGCUGAAGUAUUUAAACCACGACCAAAACCAACAACCCCACCAGCACCUCAGCUAUGUCCCACAGAAAGUGAAAUUGCGUACGGAAAACCACGACCAGCAAACUGCAUACCACGACCAACUACUCGACCCCCAACAACAACCCCAGCAGAUGACGCCGCAGAGGUUUUUAAACCACGACCAAAGCCAACGACGCCACCACCACGUCAAUUAUGCCCCACGGAAAGUGAAAUUGCUUACGGAAGGCCACGUCCAGCAAACUGCAUCCCACGAACAACUACGCGACCACCAACAACUCCGCCCGAUGCGGAUGAUGCAGCAGAGGUUUUUAAACCACGACCAAAGCCAACGACACCGCCACCACGUCAAUUAUGCCCCACGGAAAGUGAAAUUGCUUACGGCAGGCCACGACCAGCCAACUGCAUUCCACGCCCCACAACCAGACCCCCCACGACUACUACCCCUGACUCUGACGCGGCCGAAGUAUUCAAACCAAGGCCAAAACCAACGACCACAAAACCACCCAGAUUCUGUCCAACCGAAGCCGAAAUUGCAGAUGGUUGGCCCCUUCCACCCAACUGCAUUCCUAGACCACCACCAACCAUCCCACCCCUUUGCCCCGAAGAAGGAAUGGACGGAUUCUACCGACCAAGACACUUCAAUUGUCGACCGAGACCGACAACUCGACCCCAAACCACGACACCCAGAGACGCUGAUGAUGCAGCAGAAGUAUUUAAACCAAGGCCAAAACCAACAACGCCACCAGCACCUCAGUUAUGUCCAACUGAUAGAGAAAUUGCUUACGGAAAGCCACGCCCAGCCAACUGCAUCCCCCGACCAACUACUCGACCCCCAACUACAACCCCAGCAGAUGACGCCGCAGAGGUUUUUAAACCAAGACCCAAACCUACAGCUCGACCAACCCCCUUACCAUUCUGUCCUGGAAGAGGAGACGCCCCACGACCAAGAACUGACCAACCAAUCAAAUGUCGACCUCGACCAACAACAACCACAAAACGACCAGACGAUGAUGACGCAGCCGAAGUAUUCAAACCAAGACCUAAGCCAACAACACCCUCCUCCCCUCAAUACUGUCCAAGCGAGUAUGAAAUUUCCCAAGGACGACCACGACCAGCAAACUGCAUCCCAAGACCAACACGACGACCUCAAGAACCAGACAGUACAUACAUUCCUCCAUACGCCCCACCACCCCCACAGUCUGAAGGAUGUGGAUAUGGGUACGACCCUUGCCCUGGACAACAACCCAUCAGACCUCCCACUUACGGAUGGGGACCACGAGCCCCACCAAUCCAAACACUUCCUCCCAGAUACACCUUACACAACGGGCCUGCUAACUGUGGGCCAGGGUUCGCCUUUCCCUGUGGAAAUCGUCCUGUACCCAAUUCAGGCGGAAGAAGCACCCAUCAAGGAGGUCACAAUUUCCCACCUUUUGGAGGAACUCGGCAGAUCGGGUUUCUUAGAUCUGGAAGCAGGAACCAAUCCUACAGACCAAUCCAGAAUGAAUUUGACCACAACAGAGGCUUCGCCCAGUCUCAAGGACCAUCCCGCCGAGGAAAUCGACAUCUUCAACCAGUUUCCACAACCACGACCGUCCGACAAACAACGGGAGGAACAGUAAUCUACGUAUCAAAUCACAGUGGACGAAGGCCAGGAAGUUCUCAGAGCAAUCUUUACGGUAGCUCGUUUAGCAGAAGCAGACCCAACACUGCCAAUUUCUACACUAUUUAAGAGCCACAGACUUUGACAAAGAUACGUAUCAACUGACACUGAUGAUGGGGUCGACUCUCGCAGUGAUGCAAUACGAUUCGCAUCAAGAUAACUCAUAGAUUCGAUUAUUUAUUUCAAUUUUUAUUAUUUAUUACUCGUUUUUCCUAUCUAAAUAUAGAAAGCAUUUCGUUACAGAAUUCAAGCGUUUGUUUUCCAGUAAAAAAAAAUAAAGCAUUUUUUUCUCUUCA